AUGCCUCCCCGCCGAUAUCAAUCCAAAUCACACCAUGGCUGUUUGCAAUGCAAGCGUCGUAGUGUCAAGUGUGACGAGGGACGGCCGAAAUGCACUCGUUGUCUCAAUCGUCAGUCUUCUUGCCAAUAUUCGACACUAUUUCCAUGGCCAUGGGAAGAUCUGGGUCACCGUGGACCAUCGGAUGUUAGUGGGACUCAGCCAACUCAACAUAACUACAUGGACGCAAUUUCACCUCGACGGCCCCAAGAACGCGGCGAUUUCAACACGCAGCAUUUACGACUCCUUCUUCACUGGACGACAACCGUGUAUCGAUCUGUCUCCCGAAGUGAGGAUCUAGAGUGGAUCUGGCAACAUAUUAUCCCCCGGAUCUCCCUCUCCCACCCGUUCCUGCUCCAUGGCGUGUUAGGUUUGGCGGCACUUCAUCUCACACUGACCAGCACCGAGAAAACGGAGCGAGACAGUCUUCUUCGAGUCGCCGAGUAUCAUCAAAGCGAAGCCAUUACGUUGUUCACUCCGGCUCUCACCAACAUGGCUUCCCCGAAAUGCGACGCCGCAUUUUCAUUAUCGCUAAUCUUGGUGAUGUUCUCUUUUGGAUUUCCGCUCGCCGUAGAGCCAACUUUUGGAUCAAAUUCACUGGAUGACAUCCAUCACGUGCUUAUGUUCACUAAGACAAUGAUGAAUUUUUCCGCCGGAAAUUACGAAAGUAUUAAGAAUGGAGAAGUCGGUCGACUGGCCAUGCUAGAGGAAUCGGGGUUUGAACUCUCCGACCCUUCUCUAUCGGCUCUAUCGGCUCUAUCGGCUCUGCACGAGUUAAAUGAGCAGGCACGGCGCGCAAAUGCAGCUCAUGAUUAUGAAAUCUUUCACGAAACCAUUCAGCUCCUGAAAGUCCCCUUAGCCAGCUUGAACCAUGGUGGGGGAUUACCCUCUAGUUUUCUGUGGAUAUCUCUAACUCCCACUGCCUUCUUCGACCUGAUAUCGCAGCGAGAUCCUUUGGCUUUGAUUGUCCUUGCCCAUUAUUGUGUUUCACUGCACCAGCUUCGAGCGAACUGGUGGCUUUCUUCAUGGGGUUAUCGAGUGCUUGACAUGGUUUAUAAGACCUUGGACAGCCAUCUUAGGUCUUCGCUUACAUGGCCGAUGCGCGAGAUUGGGUACAAGAAAGGAGAAGACUAA